CCCCCCCCCUUCUUCCUCCUCCUAUGGUCAUUACAUUAUAGUAUACCCUCUAUAGACCAAGAAUAAACAUGGGUGUCGAGACAGAAACCCACCAUGGGGAAUCCAUCACCCCCGCCCCCCAGCCUCAAUACUCCAGCUCCGACUCGGUGGCUGCUGAGAAGCCCCUCGAUCUCGGAGUCAACACCCCGAUCCCCCGUCUGACCCUUCGGUCCGCUAUCAUGGGCCUGUUCGUCUCCAUGGGAGGUCUGCUGUUCGGUUACGACACUGGCCAGAUCUCCGGUUUCCAGGAGAUGAACAACUAUCUGCACCGGUAUGGUGAAUACAGCAACGGCGAGUACCACUUCAGCCACGUUCGCUCCGGUCUCAUUGUCGGUCUGUUGUCCAUCGGUACCCUUAUCGGUGCUCUGGUCGGAGCUCCCAUUGCCGACAGACUGGGCCGCAAGUGGUCCAUCACCUUGUGGAACAUCAUCCUGAUCGUCGGUAUCAUUGUCCAAAUCACCUCUCCUGCCGGGCACUGGUGGCAGAUGGUCAUCGGCCGUUGGGUGACUGGUCUGGGUGUCGGUGGCUGCUCGCUGCUGGUCCCCAUGUACCAGGGUGAGAGUGCUCCGCGUCACGUCCGUGGUGCCAUGAUCAGCUGCUACCAGCUGUUCGUGACGCUGGGUAUCUUCGUGGCCUACCUGAUCAACCUGGGAACCGAGAGCAUGGACGGCACCGCCCAGUGGCGCAUCACCCUCGGCCUGACCGUCGUUUUCGCCCUGGUCUUGGGCGGCGGCAUGGCCUUCUUCCCCGAAUCCCCUCGCUUCGAGUACCGUCACGGUAAGAUCGACAGUGCCCGUCGCACCAUGGCCAAGCUGUACGGUGUGCCCGAGAACCACCGCGUCAUCGUCCAGGAACUCUACGAGAUCCAGAAGCAGCUCGACGCCGAGUCCGGAGUACAGGUGUGGCACGAGUUCUUGACCGGCCCGCGCAUGCUCUACCGUGUCGCCCUGGGCAUGCUCCUGCAGUGCCUGCAGCAGCUCACCGGCGCCAACUACUUCUUCUACUACGGAACCACCAUCUUCCAAGGCGCCGGUCUCUCCAACAGCUUCGUCACCUCCGUCAUCCUCGGUGCCGUCAACUUCGUCACCACCUUUGGCGGUCUGUACGUGGUUGAGAACUUUGGCCGCCGCAAGUCCCUCAUCUUCGGCGCCGGCUUCAUGUUCCUCAUGUUCAUGAUUUUCGCGUCUAUCGGCCACUUUAUGCUUGAUGUUAACGACCCCACCAACACCCCCGACGUCGGCAAGGGCAUGAUCGUCCUCGCCUGCUUCUUCAUUGCUGCCUUCGCAAUGACCUGGGGUCCCAUGGUCUGGGCCAUCGUCGCCGAGCUCUUCCCCUCCAAGUACCGCGCCAAGGGCAUGGCCCUCGCCACCGCUUCCAACUGGCUCUGGAACUUCCUGCUGAGCUUCUUCACCCCCUUCAUCACCGGCGCCAUCGACUUCGCCUACGGCUAUGUCUUCGCAGGCUGUCUGCUCGUCGCCGCCUUCGUCGUCUACUUCUGCGUUAUUGAAGGCAAGGGCCGCACGCUCGAGGAGAUCGACUGGAUGUAUGUGAACCAUGUGGCGCCGUGGCAGAGCAGCAAGUUUGAGAUUCCGCAGUCGGAGUGGGAGGAGGGACCAGGUGCGCAGACCCGGAAGGAGGAGCAGGCGUUCCAUGCGGAGAUUGCCUAGUUUUUUGUGUUCCCUUGGAGUUGGGGUUCGUGUUUACUACACUUGCAUAUAGAUUUGCUUCUUGGAUGAUACGAUACCAUGAUGAAUAUAUCAAUAGACUUUGUUCUCUUCAUACUGGGUCUGUGUAACCUGUGUCAGUAGAAUAUACUAGCUAUCUGCCAUUCAAGAGUAUCGGGUACUAAGAACUCUUGACUGUACCUCGUACUUCGACAAGCGAAUGGAGGAUUUUUCUUCUUUGAUGUGCUGGUCUCUGACAUGAUGCCAAAGCCGAACCUCCACAGCUGACAGCUUUUUCAAGAAUUGUCCUAGCCGUUCAAGUCAGCCGUCGAGAUAUAUUGGGUGAAGAAAAGUUAUUAUAAGGUGCAUAGCAUGAUUUAGCUCACUAACGCCAGCAGGAACAAGUUGCCAAGAACGACUCUAAGCAAAUAGCUAUUAGUUGAAUGGACUUCAAAUGUUGGGUUUUGACCGCACUUCCAAGAAGAUUUCCAAUUACUUCAUU